UCAUUUUGUGUAAAUGUUUUGCUUGUUGCAGUUGCUGGCUUGCUGCACUUUUAAAUUACUUUUAUCUAAUUUUCUUAUAAUAAAACUUAAUUAGUCUUAUCUGCAUACAUAAAUAAACGAUUGUUUUAUUCAAAAAGUGCUAAAAUAAAGAUGUGCUACGUGAUUAUUACCGGGCGCAGCUUAGCGUGGCUACUGCUCAGUGUGGUUGCAUUUAUGUUAAUACUGUCCGGUAUUAUGACCCCUAAAUGGUUGAUGGGCCAGCCUGUGAUCACUAACGAUCUUAAUGUGACUUCCUUCUAUGUCCCUAGCGUCGGGAUUUACAAUAGAUGCCUACGAAUGAGGAAUGAUAUGAACAAUUGUGCGUCCUUCUCGUUCUACGGCCUGGCGACUUCAGACACUAUCUACCCGAGGCCAUGGAAAGCUUCUAUGUUCUUUUUAUCUUUGUGUGCAGCGGUGCAGUUUGCGACGGUGUUAACUGGGGUGAUGGCGUGUUGCGUACAAGCUGUGUUCAAGAAGAGUGUCGUGUCGCUGUCCGGUGCUACACAAGCUCUUGGAGGUCUUUUCGGAGUGCUGGGUCUGCUCCUAUACCCUUGGGGCUGGGGCGCUGACCGAGUGAAACGUCUCUGUGGGGAGUACUCCGAACCUUACAUACCUGGCGAGUGCUCUAUUGGCUGGGCGUUAUACGUGACCGCUACGGGUGUAGCACUAGUGUUUCUAUCCAGCGCACUAUCCAAGACUGCAGCGAAAGCGGCCAACUCGGACAAGGUACAGUUCCAAAUGGACGAAGGGAAGCAGCUGAUCUGUUUGGCUUGAAAAACAUUUGGUAUAGUCUGGUCUGCGAGCACGUAGAAUUUUGUCCAAUGACCCCAAGCUACCCAUCCUUAUCGCUCGCGCGUAAUUAUAUUGCUGUCGCGACUGUGCGACGGGCGCCCGCAGUGAGUGUGCGAGCGCGACAGCAACAUAAUUACGCGCGAGCGAUAAGGAUGGGUAGCUUGAGGUCAUUGGACAAAAUUCUACGUGCUCACAGACCGGGCUUUAGAAUACGCACUGAAUUUAAGGUGAGCAUAGACUAGAGCAUUUCUCUGUAAUGUAACGUUCUUAUGAAUCGUACGAAUACAGUGUGAUUUUAUAGUUGCUUUAUUCUGAAACGUCAAGUGGCAAAAAUCUAAAACUAAGAACUAGUUAGAUAGUAGCGCCCUCCUGACAAUGUCGUAACUGGGACGGUUCAAUGUUGGACAUCUAUACCAUGAGUUUACAUUAGGUGUGCUCGCUAGCGACUGCAUAAAAAGAUGACAUUAAAUGUAUAAAAGAUUGUAGCGGCUACUUUCAAGAACUAAAAUCUUCAUAGAUUUUGGUGAUGCACUCGCUAGCAAGCACACCUAACGUAAACUCAUGGUAAGCACUCAGGUAAAAUUAUUUACGUUUGAUUCGUGGAAGGGUGACACUGACACUAGAAUAUUGCAUCUUGUUGUUCUGUUACAAGUAAAUGCUCUAGUCUAUACUCACCUUUAGAGUUUAAAAAAAAUACAUUUAAAAAUGUAACACUGCCAGUAUUUUAAUGAUGACAUACUAUAGUGACGUCAUUGAAUAGCAAUUAGCAUGGUCACUUUAGAUUAACUUCUACUAUAAUCGGUGCUAUUGUCUGUAGGAGUCUGACAAUUUUUAAUUAAAUAAAUAAAUUGAUAUCGAUUGUCGAUUGCUCGCUACACUAUCGAAUUGAUAAACGACUAUUAAUCGAUAAGAUAUGGCUAUAAAAAUCGAUUCAAUACAUCGAUAAAAACGAGACUGCCACAACACUACGAUUGACGAUUCCAGUGAUUUUUUCUCCGAUAUAAAGAAUUUUGCGAGGAAAUAUUUUUGUCAGUUAUUUUUAAAAUAUUGCUAUUUUUAUUUAUUAAUUGAUACAGCAAAAUUUGGAGGCAUACCUACUCUUAGUCCCCAGUGAACCAGUACCUAACUUUUAUUACAAAAGAGGUGUUUGUAUUUAGAAAAUAAUAUAGUAACUCUGAUGAUUUAUGGUUGUGCGUAUCGUCAAUCGUAGACUCAAAUUAUUUGUUCCUCAUAAUAUAGUUGUGAAAAAUUUACAAAAAGGCUUAAAAAUAAAAGUAACAUCAGGGAAUAAAACUAUUAUAGAUUAAUAAAACAAUAUACGACUGCCAUAUAGCGCAUUUAGUGGUAGUAAAUGCAUAAGAUCAAGUUGAGCUAGUUAUACAUAUAGGUGUCCCAUAGACAUUUAAGAUGUAUUUUCAAAUACAAGUUUUUAUUCGCGACACGCAUCUUCCGCUGUAACGACAAUUUCAAUGUCUGUAAGCUGGUCUUAUUCCCAAUGUUAAUAAUAAAAUAAAAUUGGUAUUUCAUAAUCUACGGGACACCCUACAUGUAUACAAGGUUUACACCUUUUCCCCCUGAUUUAUAAAAAGUUACACCCUUGUUGAACCCUGUUUUAAAGUCACGUUUAGUAUGGAAAUGUCAGUUUAAAACAGGGUGUAACUUUUUUUUAAUAAAGGUUAUAAGUUCUUGUAACUCACGAAGGCGAGUGAGCUUACUUAGGUAUGUGUGUACGUGUACAUGCACAUAACGAUAGUGUAAUGUCUGUCAAAACUUUUGUAAAGCGAACAGUAGCGAGCCACCACACAUGUAAAGCUCACUCGCCUUCGUGAGUUGCAAUAACUAUAAGCUUUUAAAAGAAUCUCUAAUAAUUUAUAUUAUAAGGCGUGCUAAUUGUGAAUUAUCGGCAUGCUGUAUUACUCAGUUAUUGUAUAACUAAUACUAUUUUUAUUUGACGACACUGCGAUGUCGUCUAAGGCUUAUUUCUAGGUUUAAGAUAAUUAUUUUAUUCCAAAGUAUUUUGAACUCAAUUUGGCUAUUGCCAUCACUAUUUUGUGAUUAUCAUUUCUCAUUUCUCUUCGGUAUUUUUAGAUUUUUCUCAUUUUUAGUUUUGAGCUUUUUUUAUAUUAUGUGUUUUUCACCCUAUAUGACUAUUGUCAUAAUGUACUAAAAAUAGAGUGCUAGAUUCAUUUCAUUAAAUUGUUCACUAUAUUAUGUACAAAAGGUUACUAUUGUAGCUUUGGACUGUUAUGUCUUCCAGUGUUUUAUACAUAUUACAGUAACUUUUAU